CAUGCCUAGCUAGGUGUCUUAUCCUGCUGGACUCCACUCUUCUACCUGGAUCUUGGUAACAAUCUCCAGAACCUUACACAAUUUUCAAGUCUCCUUUGGCCCUCUCUGAACUGGACCAUCCUGCGGGGCAACAUGGGGGAAAGACGGGCUCGCUCCUUCCACAUGACAUGCCACGUCCAGCGCGACUAUGGCAGCAGGUUGGGGAGCUCCUUCAUAGGUUGUCGUCCCAAUGGAUAUGCCAGCACAAGUCUCAGCCUCAGCUUGGACCAGGAGAUGGAUGCUGACCUUGCAGCCUCCACUGGCACUACAACCAGUAGCGCUGCCCUACGGGCUCCUUCACUUGACAGAAGCCACUACUCUCCUGUUUCACUGGAACUAGACCCCACAGCAGUGAAUAAUGGAUCAGGCAUUCCCUGCUGUCCGCCAGCAGACACAAAGGACCCAGAGCUGCAGAUGAUACACAGCCAGCCCUCUAUCACCUCUGUUCCACCACCUCUCCCUCGUUCGAGCUGGCUGAACCACCAUCAAAAGGAUUUCCACAGCCCUUACAUCAAGACUAGCAUGCAGGGGGAUGUUUACAACUUCCUAGAGAGACCUGCUGGACUGAAAUGCUUCCUCUACCACUUCCUUGUCUUCCUCAUGGUCCUGGUGUGUCUAAUCUUCAGUGUCUUGUCAACUAUAGAGCAAUAUGCAGACUUUGCCACUGGAACCCUCUUCUGGAUGGAGAUUGUGCUGGUGCUGUUCUUUGGCACAGAGUAUGUGGUCCGGCUGUGGUCGGCAGGCUGUCGCAGCAAAUACGCGGGCAUCAAAGGACGCCUCCGCUUUAUCAGGAAGCCCAUAUCAAUCAUAGAUUUGAUAGUGGUCAUUGCCUCAAUCAUUGUGCUCGGUGUAGGGUCCAAUGGCCAAGUGUUUGCCACGUCUGCCAUCAGGGGCAUCCGAUUCCUCCAGAUCUUGCGCAUGCUACAUGUGGAUCGACAGGGAGGAACAUGGAGGCUCCUAGGAUCUGUGGUCUUCAUUCAUCGACAGGAGCUGAUCACAACUCUGUACAUUGGAUUCCUGGGUCUGAUCUUUUCCUCCUACUUUGUCUACUUGGCAGAGAAAGAUGCUGUGGAUGAGGAGGGCAAAACUGGCUUCUCCAGCUAUGCCGAUGCCCUGUGGUGGGGUGUGGUGACUGUCACCACCAUCGGCUAUGGAGACAAAAUUCCGCAAACGUGGAUAGGCAAAGCCAUUGCCUCCUGCUUCAGUGUCUUCGCCAUCUCCUUCUUCGCCCUGCCUGCUGGUAUCCUGGGUUCAGGGUUUGCCCUUAAGGUCCAACAGAAGCAGAGACAGAAGCAUUUCAACAGACAGAUCCCUGCUGCAGCCUCUCUCAUUCAGACACUGUGGAGGUGCUAUGCAGCAGAGAAACCAGGCGGCUGUGCUGCUACCUGGAAAAUGUACGUCCUCACUCCAGAGGCUGUCGCCACAAUGGAUUCUGAUAACUCCAGCCCUAAUGUUAGGAAACUGAACAUAUCGAAAAAGGGGACCAAGAGGAGGCUGAAGUCCAGAGGUAAUGGCUCUAUGGGGGUUGGCUCAGAGAGGGCUGUAUCAAUCCCCCAGAUCACUUAUGAUCACAUCGACGACUCUGUGGAGAAGAAAGAUGUCUCAUUUUUCUUGGAGGAGCCAAGGGGGACUGUUGAAGGAAUCACCAGGAUGUUCAGACAGACAGUAAAGAGGAAUCAUGACAACAGCACCUCCAUCGACAUUUCCCGCGCCAACAGCUUAACCGAUGAGCUGGACUACAUGAGUGAGGACAUUCCCCUGCCAGUGGUGACUAACAAAGCUCAGUUGUCCCAUGCCCAGAGAUCAGCGGUUAAAGUCCUUCGCAGAAUGCAGUACUUUGUGGCCAGGAGGAAAUUUCAGCAAGCGCGGAAGCCCUAUGACGUGCGAGACGUGAUCGAGCAGUAUUCCCAGGGUCACCUCAACAUGAUGGUCCGCAUCAAGGAGCUACAGAGAAGGCUGGACGGCACACUGGGAAAGCCAGGAAUGUUUCUUCCAGGAAAAGGGGAAGAUAAAGAAUACCCAACUAUUGGAGCACGACUGAUCAGGCUAGAAGAUAAGGUCCAUCAGAUGGACCAGAAAAUGGACUCAGUCCUGCGGAUCCUGAUGGAGCAGUUUCCACCCAAGCCAGAGCUGACGUCCAAGCCCUCAAUCCGGAGGGUGACCAUCCAGAAAUGCAAGGGCACCAGCAUCGACGAGGGGCCUUGAUGUCACGGAGAUGAUCGCACUGGGUAUGAUGAUGUUAUCACCAAAGGACAAUUAAAUAGGCAGGAGUACACAUAGACAGCCUAGCCCCCUACAUCAGGGACUGCAAAAUUAUAAGGGGACUCAGUCUUCCGAACCCCCAUUCCCUCUCUUCCUUUUGCGAUACCAAAUUUUCUCACUGGCUUUUGACCCUUGAGAAAAGAACAACUUUUAAUUGUCUACUUGAUGCUAGGGGCAGAAAAAAAAACACUGAGAGUGGGAUUCAUGGUGUAGAACGAAAGCUGACUAACCUCUUUCUUCUGAUGAUUGUUUGGCCUGUUAGGGUCUUUUUUUGCUGUUGUCUACAUGUAGCUUUCUCUUCUACACUAGCAUUGUAGGCCCUCAGUCUUCUCCCACAGCACACAGUCAUUCAAGCAGCGACACGCUGCAUGAAUUUAUUUCACUACAUUAACCUCAUAAUCACACUACUCAGAUGAUGUUAAUUUAUGUGUGGCCUGUCACUGAGCUGCAUUCCUCUACUCCAAAUAUUAUUCCAAAGCUAACUAACCCAGUAAUGAAGUCGUAAUGCAAUCAAAGCACUCAAGUUCCCCAAAGACACAGAGAAAAACUGAGAGUCCAGCCAUGGCAGAGGCAUUCCUCAAAUCCUUCUGAUUAUCUUGGCACCAUCCACACCCAGUACACAACAGGGUUAUUUCCAUAGCCACAUAUCCAUCUAGCCUAACUGUACUUAGACUGCGGCGGGUGUUUGUUAGUAGUGAUCAAAUAACACGAGGGGGGAAAGGCAGAUUAUCUGUUGACUUUGCCCUGCGUAAGGGACCGGAAGGCUGGAGUAACAGAAAUGGAACUAAAGAAAUGUGUCUGGGGUGGGUUGGGUGGCUAACAUGGUGCUGAUUUACAGCUACGUUAGAACUAAUAAAAAUAGCCAAACUGCCGUGACAGGGCCUGGUGCUGUGUUACAGGAAUACAGUCAGAAGUUAUGGCAUGGUCUCUGUUUGCUCGAGGUUUCCACUGGGAGAUUUCAUAUGUAUAUUGAUCUCAAACUCUUUUAGCAGCACCACUACUCACACCACCACCAGAACCCUGCUUAAUAUCUUCUAUUACCCUCUUCAGGGGGCUCACACUGCUGUGUGCAAUUUGAAAUAAAUUUGCCCCAUUAAAGCUCUGAUUAUUUUUUCUCUCCUGAGCUAAUUAAGUGCUGAAUUCCUGGUAAGGGGAGAUUACUCACUGUGAGCGACUAAUGAAAAGAAACACUGGAAAAUGUGCAGAAUUUAAACAGUGAGCUUUGAGGAGCAGGCGUACUAAUUCUGUGUGAAAGGUUGGGGAAAUUUCAGGCUACCACUGAGAGCGCACGUUUGAAAUAAAAAAGACAAUGCUCUCACUUUGUUCCCAUAUUCAUUGUAUUUAUCUGACAGGACACUGAGGCAUGUAGGAAGUAGAAAAUAGAAAAUAACUCAUAACUAUGUAGCUACUGUAUGAAAGGCCUCCCAUAAUUAUAGCAUGCACAUUCCUAAAAAGAUGGAUGCACACACAAAAGAGGGGUGAACAAGGGAAGGGGAAAGAGGAGAGGCUUUCUCUCUGCACUAGUAUAUAUUUUCAUAUUUUUGCAGUGGUUAAAAAUUAGCUAUUAUUUAUCUAGCUAUGAAAUAAGGUGGUUGUAUUUUAAAGGCACUCUAAUUUUGUGACAGACCUUGAUACAUAUCUGUCUGUCUGUUCUCCUGUACAGUUUUAUAAGAGAUGUAAAUAGAAACAUUGCCUUAUUGUACUGUAUUUAUUAUCAUGUGGAAAGAUCAACCUGGAACAUGUCUGCUUGUUGGAGUGAUGAGAAACACAGAGACUGAGGCUCCUGUUGUACAGAUGGAUGGAAAUGAUUGUAAAUGAUAUUCACGCACACCCUCUGCACUGUAGCUCUGCUGUAAAUAAUAAAACUCCAUUUCAUUACGCUCUGGCCUGCUCUCUUGGCUUGGGAAGAAUUUGAUUACCGGCUCAUCUAUUCCAUAAUUUGCUUUCGUUGGAGGGUGAAACUUGUCUUAUAGUUUUUCUGAGCCGUUUGUUCAAAUCUUGAGCUGAGCUGGGUCAAGGUAAGCCAUGGGCCGGAGUUUCCAUCCAAAUAAAAUCUCCUCAGCUCCUCAUUUCACUGAAUUCCUUUCACACUGCAAUCACCACGAAGGGAGAAGAGAAAGAAAAAAUAACACGUUCACUGCGCCUACUUUGAACUUCAAUAUUCCAUAACCCAUUGAGCGAGGCAUGCAGAGGAAAAAGAGAAUACGUCUCAUAUUACCACUCAAUUAUAUUUGCCUUCAAAGGCCAAAAAAUACUGGGGAUGUCCCAAGAUCAGCACGGUCCAGCGCUGAGAGAGAGUGAGCGAGAGGGAAGAAGGAGUGAGGGUUGUCCCGCGAGAGUGGUGGACAAGCAGGGGAGAAAGAGAAAGGGAAGGAGGGGAGGCAGGAGGAGGACAGCAGGAGCAUAAGUGAGCUGGGGAAGAGAGCAAAGAGGAGAGCAAAGCCAUUUUCAAUUAGCCAGAGAGACUGCAUGGGCCAGAGGGCCGCAGUGCUCCGCUGCCUUUUGUCCCCCUCUGGUUUCUAUCACUGCUGGGGGAUUUUGGCAGGGAGAGAGAGAGGGAGAGAGUGAAGAAGAGAAAGAAAGAGAGAAAGAGAGAUCCCAUGGCUACCUCCGUCUGCAGAGGCCACUCUGUGUCGCCCUGUGCUCCUCUUUCAUCUCAAGGCUAGACAGAGAGAAGAGAGAGACUCCCACUUCAAAAGACAGUUUGAUCUCAGAAGUACACAGGAGCGCAACCUAAAAGAGGAUCUGAGAAAGCAGUUAAAAGGAGAAUAUAAGGGACACACUGUCACACACACUGGACAGUGAAAUCUGGCAAUCCUAGAGUCCGUGCGGAGGAGGAACUCAUGCUAGGUCAUGAAACGCUAGACUCUCUGAGGUUUGCCGAUCGUCCGUGUCGCCUUUGAUCUUGCCACCUUAGCUACGCUCAGAAUAGAACAGAACUUCAUUAUGUUGCUGAAAAUAGGCUGGUGUAACAUAGAAGUCACAAUUUUUGGACAUAUUGUGGAACUUACACAUCUUAUGCAUAAAAUAAUGACAAUAAUCAGCUGACAAAA